CCGGAAGCACUUGCCGGCGGGGUCAGCGGGACAUGGCGGCGCCCAGGGGUACGACCCCGGCGGGGGGACCUCGGUGACCAGCCGUGACCUCUGAACCCCUACCGCACCGACCCCAUGGCCGCCAUGAGGCUGCGCUGGGCCCUCGCAUUGCCCCGGGGGCUCUGGGGGGGCCCGCAGGUUGCUCAGAGCAUGUGGCAGCACAGUGGACGUCCCGCGCAGGACCCCUCGGAGGACCCCUCAGGGGACCUCUCGGGGCCCCUGGCAUGGCGCAGCCCUCCUAGUGGCUCCCAGGAGGAGGAUGGUGGCUCCGCAGCCUUUGCAGCGGUGCUGGCCGCACUGGAGCAGAGGCCGGGGCGCCGUGUGGGACGGCUGGAGCUGGUGGAGGCGGCACUGGCGGCCAUGCCGGCGCUGGGGGUGGCGAGACAGCGCGAGGCCUACCACCGCUUGCUGCGCCUGCUGCCCUGUGGGCCCUGGGUGCCCCGCGGACCCCUCCAGCGCAUGCUGAGCCCCUUCCCCCGGCAGCAGGAGUGCGGGCUGCAGAUCCUGGAGCAGAUGGAGCGAUAUGGCACCCAUGUCCCCGCGCAGGCGUCAUGCCCGAUGCGGAGACACGGUUUUUGCUCCUGGGGAUCUUUGGGCCCCGCAGCCGCCCUGUGCGCAAGUGCCAGCGGCUGCUGUACUGGCUGCCCCGGCUGCGCCAUGCCAACCCCUACCCCCUGCCCCCCCGGCUGCCCCCCCCCGGCCUGGCUGCUGCCCACCUGGGCCUGCGCCGCAUCGCCAACGACCCUGAUGUGCGCCUCACCAUCUACCAGCGGCCGGUGCCGGAGGGCGGGGAAGAUGAAGGCUCCGUCCAGCCCUACAUCAUCGGUGCCCAGAGCCCUGACCAGCAGGAGCUGCUGGCCCGGCAUGGCCCGGCACGGCCCGUCUUCGUGGAGGGGCCAUUCCCUCUCUGGCUGCGCAGCACCCGCCUCUGCUACUACGUGUUACGGGGGGACCCCCUGCCUCCCCACCUGCGGGAGGAGCCCCCAGACCCUGAGCGCAGCCUCUACUACCCCCUGCAUCUCGACCUGGACCUGGAGCGUGGCCCUUGGGACGAUGACGACUUCGAUGUGGAUGAAGUGGAGGAAGGCCCUGUCUUUGCGCUGUGCAUGGCGGGGGCCGGUGACCGGCACACGCUGGGCAAGUGGAUUGCAGGGCUGCAAGAGGUGAACCCUGUCCUGGGGCAGACCCCGGUCAUCUUCCACCUGGAAGGGGGGGACACCCCUCCUGGCCCCCCUGGGGAUCCCCCUGCACUCAGCCUGGGGGCUGUGAUUCCCCCUGCCGGUGUGCUGGAGCCCCCCGUCCCGCCACAGGGGCAUGGUCACCCCGGGGGUGAUGCUGCUGGCUGUGGGAGUAGGCGGGGGGGCAGCGCUGCCGCUGCAACCCCCAGGGAAUAAAGGUUGUGUCACCCACA